GCCUCAAUACCACCCAAUUUCAUCACCAUUUCACUCUUUUCCCGGUUCCGUUCACUGGUAAUAAAGCCUCGAAAGAGAAAUCAAAUACAAAACAUUGCAAAAAUGGCUAACCUACCUCAAUCCUUGAACAUGAAAGCCGCUCCCUUCGAGGCUGGAUCCAGCGCUUCAUCCGCUCUUGGAGGACCUCAAGCCGUGGCAGGUAACAAGGACCGCAAAAUGCAAUCGGCUGAGCAACUCGUCCUUGACCUCUGUAAUCCUGAUCUCCGUGAAAACGCCCUCCUCGAACUCUCCAAGAAGAGGGAACUGUUUCAAGAUUUAGCUCCUUUACUGUGGAAUUCCUUUGGUACAAUUGCUGCUCUUUUGCAGGAAAUAGUUUCCAUUUACCCUGUUUUAUCACCGCCAAACCUAACUCCAGCACAAUCGAACAGAGUUUGCAAUGCGCUUGCACUACUUCAGUGUGUGGCCUCUCACCCAGACACAAGAAUGCCGUUUCUUAAUGCCCACAUACCAUUGUAUCUGUACCCUUUUCUCAACACAACCAGCAAAUCAAGGCCCUUUGAGUACUUGAGACUUACAAGUUUAGGUGUCAUUGGUGCUCUGGUUAAGGUUGAUGACACUGAAGUUAUCAGUUUCCUUCUUUCUACUGAAAUUAUUCCGCUGUGCCUGCGCACCAUGGAGAUGGGUAGUGAACUGUCAAAAACAGUUGCUACAUUUAUUGUGCAAAAGAUUUUGCUUGAUGAUGUUGGCUUAGAUUACGUAUGUACCACAGCAGAGCGGUUCUUUGCUGUAGGUCGAGUACUGGGAAAUAUGGUUGCUGCUCUUGCUGAGCAGCCUUCAGUUAGGCUGUUAAAACACAUUAUCAGGUGCUACCUUCGAUUGUCUGAUAAUGCGAGAGCUUGUGAUGCACUGAGAAGUUGUCUGCCAGAUAUUCUUAGAGAUGCAACAUUUAGCAGUUGCCUUCGUGAAGAUCCAACCACUAGAAGGUGGCUGCAGCAGUUGCUUCACAAUGUGCAAGUGCCUCGGGUUGCUGGUAUGCAAGCAGGGGGAGGAUUCGAUCACUUGCUUGUGAGCUGAGUCGAAAUUCAUCGUCAUCUGUAUAGUCUACAUUGUUGCAUUCCCUGUGCGACAGUGUUAAUAGAAUGUGCUCUAGGACAUGUCUGUUAUAAAACCUCAAAACUAGUCUUAUAUCUGAACAAUUGGGUGUCAUUUUUCAUCCUGCUAGAGUUGUAUAUUGACCCAAAGAGAGGAGAUUGGUAGAUUCCAUUAGCAAAAGAUUUUGAGUGCCUUUAAACUAGUUACUUGCGUAGUGAAAAGAUGGAACAUUUGACUUUUUGAAAUUUCUUUUGGAUUA